GCAACCACCAAACAGCACAUCGACGACCUGCCAUCCGCGAUACCCUCGAAUCUACCGAUACCUUUACGAUUUUACAUUGCAAUUCUUCAGUCACAAUGGAGUUUGGCCAUGCUGGUGUGCUGAAUGAAGAUGGCAUUCAUGUCGAUAUGGAUCGGUUGAAGAAGGGAGAAGUCAACUUGGGUACUUCUAUCAUGGCUGUGACAUUCAAGGAUGGAGUUAUUCUGGGAGCUGAUUCGAGGACAACCACCGGCGCUUACAUCGCCAAUCGAGUAACAGACAAGCUGACCCGAGUACACGACACCAUCUGGUGCUGCCGAUCUGGCUCCGCCGCCGAUACGCAAGCCGUUGCCGACAUUGUCCAAUACCAACUGGGUCUCUUUGCCAUGCAGAGCGGAAAGCCCCCGAUGACACAGACUGCAGCCUCCAUCUUCCAGGAGAUUUGCUACGCCAACAAGGACAGAUUAUCAGCUGGUCUGAUUAUUGCGGGCUGGGACGAGCGAUUCGGCGGCCAGGUGUACUCCAUCCCCCUAGGAGGUUCAUUGCACAAGCAGGCAUACGCAAUCGGCGGUUCAGGAUCGACAUACAUUUACGGAUACUGUGACGCCAAUUGGAAGGAGGGCAUGGAGGAAGCAGAAGCAGUCGCCUUUGUCAAGGGCGCGCUAAGAGAAGCGAUCAAGUGGGAUGGAAGCUCUGGUGGUGUUAUUCGCAUGGUUGUAUUGACGAAGAAGGGAGCCGACCGACACCUGUACCUGCCGGAUUCAGACUACAAGGUGCGACAGGACUAGAUGGGUGGAUGAUGGCAGAAUAGGCAUGGCCGUGUGAACAGUCCAUGAGCAUUUGCUGUAUAGCUGAGGUGGCAGUCGACAAUAGACUGAUCGACUAGAUCCAUACUUGUUAGAGACAAUGAGAUGCCGGUGACUGUUAAUUGGAUACUCGGUUAUUGAAGCGAGUGAAGAUGGAAUGAUGAGAUCAAAUGUUGACUUG